AUGUUGUUGACAUUGAACCCUCCACGGGUUUAUGGCCGACCCACCACUUUUCAGGAUCAGGAAUUCAUUCAACAAGUGUCUGUCAACGCACUUGGAGAAAUGAUUGCAAUUGCUUCUCAGCUUCAGCUUCAUUUUUGGUCCAAUAAAAAGGAAAUUGUGUACUUGGCGUCCCUCUCCGUUCCACAAUGCUCUUUUAAUGAUGAUCCAAUUCUGCAGGUUCUUUGGCAUCCUCGAUAUGCAAGCCAAUUAGCUGUUAUCACCGCACGCCGCGUCCUUUUCUACAACGUGGAUAUUAAAAUCGAUACUGGCGAGCCUUUAGAGCCCCCCUCAAAUGCAAAUCUUAAGGAAACUGUCAGGGAUCCACUACUUUGCGAUGUGCCCUUAUGUGCUCUAAUUUUGGAAGAACUUCACCCUGGAAGCGGUUUCACGACGCUUGCGAAAACAGCGGGAUUUUACACGUUUACUGUCUGCACAACCCUUGGUGUGGUUCACCUCAUUGGUUGGGAUACGCACAGCGUUCUGAAAACGUGGGGCAUCCAGAGCCUACAGGAGGCUUGCCGCCCAAUGACGUGCAAAAAUGAUGAGACGUUACCCUGCUCUGAUGGCGCGUUCAAUUUUUCCGCAUCGGUCCAGAAAGUUCCUUCACUCAGUGGAGCAGCGAAUGAGUACACUGAAGCAGGGGCGCAACACAUCAAGCCGAUAACUCAACCAGGUAUGGCCGUUGUGGUUCGCUCCCAAACAAACAAAAAGGGUUCCCUAGGAGAGGUUUCAUGCGAUGCGGCGGGCGAACUAAACGGAGCUUACUCCGCAUCCCAGGAUAACGUCGACCUUGGUGUUGAUACUGCCCUUCCAACGAUUCAAGAGGUGUCUUCGGAUGCCAUCCUUUGUGUUUCAUUCGCGGCUCCUUUGCUGACAUUCGCCUUUGCUCUGUCCAACGACUCUGUGUUUCUGGCGCGGGUCUCCUCUGAGGUGGAUCUUGUAAACCCAGAUAUAACACUUCAUGGACGAUGCCAUGAGCUGAGGUCUGUCAAGGUGGUCUGCAUAAAUGCCACCCACUCCUUUCUAGCGGUGGCUGCGCACUCUGGUGAGGUUUCUUGCCAUACGAUAGAGGCCUCAAACCUCACCCUCUCCACCACGGCGAUGUGGCGUUUCACAUGCAGCGGAAGCCUCACCUUUCCGUAUGAUGAUAUAGGAAAUCAUGACAUCAGUGAUAUGCAGUGGAGCUCCGGUAAGGAGGAGUUGCUUUGUGUUGGCUUCGAUCACCUCGGUGUUGUCGUGCUGCAUUAUAGUGGCAUCUGUGUCAUGCAAUCUCUAAUUGAGAGUAACACGAUUCUCGGCAACGCCGUGAAUCCUUUUAGCAGCAGACUUGAGGAGCCAUAUAACGUCAAGGGGUUUAAGGCACUGCACUGGUCUCAUCACGGCGCCCGCUUAUUCGUUGUGGGCUCACAAAGCAAGAAUUUGUCACUUUACGACUUUACGCGUGUACUUAGUUGUGUGGAGGUAGGCCCUUCCGUUGGUUGGUGCACGCCCCUAUUCCUGCUAAUGGAUGAUGCGCUGGGAAUCGUUCACUUCUCGAAUGCCGAUGGCCCCAAAGGCGUUAAACAGUCUGUGAAGCCUCCAUCACACUACCUUGAGGUUAGUUAUCCGCUGAGGUAUGGUGCGAUGUCUGCUAAAGGGAACUGGCUGGUAUGCGCCGGGCUCCACGGCUGCGCAACGUAUUCCCGUGCUUCUCAGUGUUGGUUUGUUUUUGAGGCUUCUAAUGAACAAGAGCAAGUGUCCUGUCUCGGGGAUCCUGUUUGGCUAGACGACGAACUCUUGGCAAUGCCUGUGAGAAACAGUGUUGGCGCGGUUAGAGCCUACGAAGUUGCCGUAUAUCAUCCAAUGUGGUUGUCAACAAAAAAUGCCCUCGCGUGUAUCCAGAUGCCCUGUGAGCCUCUUCUACUUUCCGCCACAAAUAGCUGCAGCGGGCAUGUUUUUUUGUGCGUUUUCGACGCUCAGCAGUCCUUGCGCGUCUACUGUGGUGAAUUAUCCGCAGAUGCACGUCAUAUCGGAUCCGUAGUUGGUGUGGACUUUAGAUUUAUCCAUAUGACCACUUUAACAGGAAGCUUAGCGAAUCUACUUUUGAUUCAGCCCUUUUUCAGUGAAGUCAUGGACGAUAAUGGUUCAAAGGCAAACCUUCAUGACAUGCCCAUCAUCCUUCUCCAGCCACGCAAAGGUUCCACAUUGGUGUGCUUGCGUUUGAGCAAAAAGGAUCCUACCGAAGCUGUUUCUGGGGGCCCUCAAACAGGCGUUACCGAAGUUCAUGAGUUCCCGUUGUCAAAUUCACAAUCUAGUGAACAAGCACUUCAGCGCGUUUUCCACUUCUGGGUUGAUCGUUUCAGUCCUCUAAGGGGACUUCGUGUUGUGACCUUUGAAAGCGAGGGCCUUUUUUAUCUUCACCUCGGGGAUCUCCCCACCUCGUCAGGCUUUGCUCGUUUGCGAAUUACACCAAAGGGUUCGAACUUGAUCCCUCUCGCACUUUCGCCGUACGAUGGCUAUCUUCUAUGCUUGGCAGAGGCAUGUGAAGAGCAGCAUAGUGUGCAAUCGCUUAUUUGGCGAUGCCCCUCGUUGAACCUACCUUGGGUCUCCUUUCGUCCUGUUGUCUAUACGCAUUGUGUAUUGGCGUUAAUUUUACAAAGCAACAUAGCUUUGCAAGCGAAGGAGGGGCUCUUGCAGAAGGAAGCACUGGACGGGAUUCGAGACGGCGCCGCUGAGCAUCCCGUUAAUUGCUUCUGGACCGACGUACUGUUUCCUUGGCUAGAGACGAUGCGCCAGAAUGGCUCUUUCACGGCGAAUAUGGAAUACUUUCUCUUCACUAUUCUCGAGAGAAAUCUCAAGGAGGAGUUGCCUGGGCUUAAUAGGAUCACCGCCAUUGAAGCGAGCAUUUUUCUUCUUCGCUUCUAUCCUGAAUUUUAUGAAAUUAUUGCCGUCUGUUUUCGCAAGGUCGAUACUGGUGCCUGGGAUACUAUUAUAGGCGUUCUGGGACCUUUGUUGGACUUUUUCCAAGAGUGUGUGGCCAAACAGUGUUUCAAAGAGGCACUGAUUCUGGUGCGUGUUCUUUUAUUGAGUGCCUCCCGGGAACCUGCAUAUCUAUCUUCGGUCACCCCAAUUAACUCGCCUUGCACGUCUACCCACGACGCCGUGAUCAAAUGCGACACGGUUCCUUCCGAUUCCACUGGUAACGCAGCCUUCGACAACAAGCAAGAGCAGGGUGGAGAUCUUCAAAAAGCUUUUGAGUGUGCGAUCGAGCUUUUUGGGUGUGUCCUUCGUGAGGAAAGCUUCUCUUCGGCACGUGAAUUGGUUCAAUUUAUGUUUUUGCUCAAGGAUGAAGUUGGCUUGUCUUCGUCCGCGUCCGACAAUGAUUUGCGAAUGGAGAUGCACAUUGUGGCUGGCUCCCCUUCGCUGCGUUUCAGGCGCACCAACGGCGCUGAGGCAACUGGUGUGCAGAGCCACAACAGCCUUGGCGACGAAUGUGGCCUUAUUUCCCCCUCUCGAUUCCCUAGCUCAUCGGCGCCCUUCGAGGUGAAUGAGGAGGAGCAGGAACAGAGGAAGAUCGUGGUGAUGUUCCAUAGGUGUCCACAGCUUCUACAUGAGGUAGAGGCUGCAGCGGUAGAUCUGCUCCACCAUGGCUACUUGUUAUCUUUACACCGAUUAUUCCAGACCUUCUCACUCUCACUCGAACAUUUUAUUGAGGUAAAGCUAUCGGGCCUCGAGGGUGAAGCCGACAAGCUGCGCCUGGAGGGCCAGACGUCAUCUGUUUCCUCAACGGUCACGGUUGAUCUUGCUUGUGUUUUUGAUGGCCUGCACAUUGAGUUCAGCCUCCCACGUUCUCGACGACCUCUUGGUGCCACGCUUCUCGGUAAUUUUAUGCGCCCCUCAAGCGGGCGGAACGCUCUUCCACAAAAUCAGAGCCGAUCUUUCUGGACUCAAGCUCAGGUAGUGCUGUACGGGGAUGUCGAGCGACUGGACACUGUGCGAGCGCUGCAGGCGAUUUUUUCAGGGUACCAAAAUCUCGAUUUAGUGUUUUCAUUACUUUUGAUGUCAAAGGCGGAUUUGCUGGUCUCGCUUGCCACCUCUGUUGAAGAUCCACAAGCUUUCAAUUUUCAGGUUACAAUGCUUAUCAAGAUGGUCUCUUGCCCGAUCUACUGUGGCUAUAGGUCCUUCGUGCGUGAUGUUAUUCUCUCACUGCCACCGAAUAUGCGAAAAGUUCUCCGGGCUCUUCCUUUCUCUGUCUAA